AAGUCCUUCCUAUUUCACCUUAACCCUCGCCUACCAACUUUGCUUUCACAAGUAAUGAGCCCCUCGCAUCGUUCUUGAUUGGUUAGGCAUGAUGAAUACCCAGCUUCUAUUGGCUACUCAUGUGUCAAUCAUAAAGCGAUGCCAAUCAUGGUAGAUUGAACAUCGCUUACAUUGUAUCAUUUGACUGAACAAGCUACCUAAAUAAUUACCUAGUACAUCAAGAGGAAAGGAUUUUUUGUUACUGAUGCAGAUACCAUUUAAAUGGCAGAUCGUCUGUUUUUAUUUUCAUUCUCUUCGGCACACGUUUAACUAGACCCCUUGAAAUAGCGUCUCAACCCUACAGAUGUGGAAACAGUACUCCGGGGAGUAAGACCACAUCGGCUAGCUGCACAGAAGGAGAAGGGAGAGGCUCUUGCUCCUGAAGGACACACGGAUGACAACGUUGCCCCCGCAGCGGACCAUGAUCUGAGUCACGAGGAUUCGCCCCUGUCUGACUUCCCUUUUUUCUAUUUCCUGUUCCUCCACGGAGGAAGAACGACACAGGCCCCGACGGCCUUGGAUAGGUAGACAGAGAGAACGAGAGAGAGCGAGCGCCCGACGCACAAGCGUUCCCGCACACAACUCCCCCCCCCACCCCCCUCUCAGGACAGAGACGACCUUUGACCCCAACACGUGCCCCCCUGUGUCCCCCAGCAGCAGAGCGCAGCCAUGGGGAGGAAAAAGAUUCAGAUUCAGAGGAUCACGGACGAGCGGAACCGACAGGUGACGUUCACCAAGCGGAAAUUUGGCCUGAUGAAGAAGGCGUACGAGCUGAGCGUGCUGUGCGACUGCGAGAUCGCCCUCAUCAUCUUCAACCACUCCAACAAGCUGUUCCAGUACGCCAGCACCGACAUGGACAAGGUGCUGCUCAAGUACACGGAGUACAACGAGCCCCACGAGAGCCGGACCAACGCAGACAUCAUAGAGGCUCUGAACAAGAAAGAGCAGCGAGACUCUGAGAGCCCAGAUCCAGAGGAGCCCUUCUCACUCACCCCCCGCACUGAGGAGAAAUACAAAAAAAUUGACGAGGAGUUUGAUAAAAUGAUGCAGAGCUAUAGGCUGUCAUCCACAGUCCCGGCGCCCACCUUCUCCAUGCCCGUCACCGUGCCCGUGUCCAACCAGAGCCAGCUGCAGUUCAGCAGCAACCCCAGCAGCGCCCUCGUCACCACCUCCUUCGUCACGUCCACGCUCACAGACCCGCGCCUCCUGUCGCCACAGCAACCCGCCCUCCAGAGGAACACCGUAUCGCCCGGGUUACCACAGCGGCCGGCCAGUGCAGGUGCGCUUCUAGGCGGUGACCUCAACAACUCGAAUGGAGCGUGUCCAAGUCCAGUGGCAAACGGGUACAUCAGCGCCAGAGCCUCCCCAGGACUCCUCUCCGUGUCCAAUGGCAACAGCAUGGGGAAAGUAGUUCCGGCCAAGUCUCCGCCUCCGCCCAGCCCUCAGAUGGUGAACAGCCGCAAGCCGGACCUCCGGGUCAUCACUUCGCAGAGUGGAAAGAGCCUGCUGCAGCUGACAGACGAAGAGCUGGAGUUGGUGAGUGAGAAUGCCCAGCGGUUAGGCGCCUCUCAAGUGACCCAGCCACUCACCACACCGGUGGUUUCCGUGGCAACUCCAAGCCUCCUGACUCCUUUCUCAGCCAUGCCAACAGCCUACAACACAGUGUUGAGGUUAGAAGAAUGGGCAGAUGCAUGUCAGUGUUAUGAGCAGGCUGACUGCAGUUUCUCAGGGACUCAUGGAGUUUGCCUGGCUGUCUCUCCCGCUGCUCGUCUCUGUAAUGAGUAUCAGCUGACAAGCGCCGAUCUCACCGCACUCCAGGCUUUCACGUCGCCGGGCGGGCUGUUGCCAGGCAACAUGACCACUUGGCAACAGCAACAGCAGCAGCCAUCAGUAUCCCAGCAACAACAGCAGCAGCAGCAGCAACAACAACAGCCGCAACAGCAGCAGCAACAACAGCCACAGCAGCUAAGCCUGGCCUCGCUCAGUAACCUGGUCAUGUGGGGCGCAGACAAACAGAAUGGGGAGAUGGCUAACUGCAUCUCCAGCUUUGCGGCUAACCUCAGUGUGACCUCACAGGCAAGCUUACUGCUGGGCAGAGAUGAGGGGUUCAGCUGGCCUAUGGGUCACUUACCUCAGGGCGCCACGCUGACCGUCAACACUAACCCCAACGUGAGCAUCAAGUCGGAGCCAGUCUCUCCCAACCGGGACCGCAGCACGCCCAGUUCCUCCUCCGGUGGUCAGGGCCUGGCGGCGGCCGCGGCGGCCGCGGCGGCAGCAGCCGUGGCGGGGACGGGUGGGGGCGCGGCGGGGGGCCUGAGCCAGUACCCCGGAGCCCUGCGCCUGGAGGUCACGGGCCGCUCGCCCGUCGACAGCCUGAGCAGCAACGGCAGCUCGUACGACGGCAGCGACCGCGACGAGGGGGGCCAGCCCCGGCCCCCGGACUUCGGCUCCACCAUGGGGCUCCUGAGGACCUCGGGCGAGGCGCAGGGAGCAGCGUCCGCCGAGCAGCCGGAGCAGGGAGCCAACGUCAAGCGCAUGCGACUGGACACCUGGGUCACAUAAAUCAGUUCUGCCCUGUCCAGCACACACACACACAGACACACACACACACCCUCCUCCUUCUCCUCUCCCCCAGACACACACAAGUUUGCACACACACACACACUCACUCUCUCGCAUAUAGAAACGUCGUCAGAAUACACUCAUGCAGUUACUUGAGCACUGGCACCACCUCAAAAGGCACUGCCCUCUCUCAACCCUUGGUCUUUCCCACUCUCUCACACACACACACACACACACACACACACACACAGCUGAACUCCUCCCAUGUUCAGGACAUACUGAGCACACUGACAUCACACACACACACACACACCCUCCUCUUCCCACUUAUGCCCUUUGCGCGGUCACACUGAAACACCCAUGCAUGCCCGUGCAUGCGACAAACACACACUCACGCUCUCUCUGUCUCUAGCUCACACACAUACACACAUAUGCAUUGAUGUAUGCACAUACUGUAUACAGUUCAUAUACAUACACAGAGCCUGUCGCGGACAGUCGCCAAACCAGGGAGAUAUAUAUAAAUAUAUAUAUACACGUCAGUAUAGACUGUUGAGUGACAUACAAGCGUUUUGGGGAGAGUUAGUGACUUUCGUUUUGUUCUGUAACCUGGUUUCUAUUGGUUUGUGUUUGGAAUGGAUUUGGGGCAACCGUAGAGGGUGCAUGGGUAACCUGGGGGGGGGGCGCUGUGUUGGCUUCUGUACAGUGAUACAUCAAAGGUCCUGAUGCCUUGUUUUGCGGUGAAUUGUUAUCUUGAGUCUUGCUGUUCUGUUCUGUUCUGUUGUGAAAAACAAAGCAAAACAAAACAAAAAAAUCAGCAAAUGGAAGCAAGGACACAACAAAAAACUGAAAGCCCCAAGUGUUGUGUUUUGCCUGCUGCAGCCCCACUGAGUGUCUGGAGUGGGAUGGGUGACAUUCCCUCUCCGUCACAGUUUUUCUUGGCAGGAUAUCUUUGACUUUGUUGCUGUUUUUCCCUAAUCCGCCAUUUUUUCCGGGACUACAUUGAGUAGUUAUUGAGGAGGCCACAUCCACAGAACAGGCUCGUCUGUGAAAUUUCAGGAUCCUUUUCAGAAAAAAGCCAGAAAAUGUGGCUUUGAAGUCAUGGGGACAUUGUUUGUUUGUUUGACAGCUUGCGAAAAACGGCUGUUCCAUCAUCACCCAGAGUCUAUCUUGUGUGUGAGGUAGAGGGGUUCUCUAUCAGGGAAGGGCUGCAAGAAGCCCGCACGACAAAACCGAACAGAUUCCGUAACCACGGAAACACCACAUGCCAUGAACUGUGGGAGCUAGACCCAGAGCUGAAGAACAGACAGGCCGUUGCUAGCCACCAAGGCUGCGCCAUGUGUGUGAGCGUGUGUGUGUGUGCGUGUGUGUGUGUGUGUGUGUGUGUGUGUGCACCCACACACUUGCAUGUGUGUUUUCUGAGUGUCUGACUAUGAAAUGCUGCAGCCUUCAGCUGGAUGAAAUUGACACUUGGUCUUUAGGUAAAUGAACCUCAGCCAAAUAUUUAUUUUGAUCUCAUUUUUGUUUCUCUCUCUCUCUUUCUCUUUUGAAUGUUGUUUUCCGUUUUUUUAAAUGAUCUUUAAGGAGUUUCUUUCUGUGAUCGGCACCCUAUCCUGUUUAGUGUGUGCUCCCUUGUGUGUUUGGGGGAAGUGAUAUAUUUUUUCUUAAUUUUUUGCUUCUAUUUACCGUGAAAUGAUGGCAUUUUCAGUUUCCACGUUUUUUAUACAGAUUGUUAUUUAGUGAAAAUGUAGCCCUGGUUGAACAGAAAGUGUUGACAUGGAAACACACAUUACGGAAUAACACACUCAUUCACACAAAAUCACGAGAGGCAGGGUGCGCUUUUUAAUUGUUCUGGAAGAUGCAAAGGAACCUGAAUCCGCUCCCACUGGUUUACGCAAGUAGCAGCCUGACACAAGCCUGAUAUUUAUUAUAUUUGAUGGAUAGGCUUUUUUAAUUCAGGAGGAAGGAGUCUUCUUUUUUUUUAUUACAUUUUUUUUAUUUUUUGCUUUUUAACAAAACCAGACAGAUGUAUAAAAGCACCUUGAGUCAUCUUAAAGUUCGGUGAUGGCCCGAAGGAAGGAACCCGAAGCGAAGAACCCAUGUACAUAACAGCGUUUGAUUUCAGUGUUUCUUCUGACGCCCGGCGCCCAUCAUGAGUGAGAUUCUCCAGGGUUGAGCAGCAGAGGGUCACCUCUGACCUCUGACCUCUGACUGGCAUCUGCUAGACAGCAAGGCCACUUCUCGUUUCGCCUGCCUUCCUUUCUUCCUCUCUUUCAGUUUAGACCUUUUUGCAUUGAAUGAAAAGAGAAAAAAAACCACACGAACAUCGACACUGCAGAAGUGGCGAAAGGACAGGGAGCGUGCAUAGCAUACGUGUACACUUAAGUUCGUACUGGGUGAGUCUCAGUGGAGCUACCUAUAUCAUUUAUAUGUACAUAAAAUGUGACGUGUGGCAAGCGUGAGUGAGUGCUGGUGAGGGUGGAAAGGGACAAAGCCGAGGAUCGUUUUUGUUUUGUUUUUUUCUUCCUGGUGUGUUGUGUGUUGGACUGUUUUGGGUGGUUUUCUACGAUUUAUUGAUAUUGUUAUUAUUCUGAUAGAGCAGCGCACUUUAGAAUCUACCCCAACCGACACCACCAGGUGAGUCUACCGUAAGACGGUAGAGCCGUUCACACGUCCCUCCUACCUCCUACCACCUUCUUUCUCCUUCUCCCAACCUGAGAGACCUCUGUUCCAUGGCCCAUUCAAACCUUUAUCUCCCAACCUGAGAGACCUCUGUUCCGUGGCCCAUUCAAACCUUUCUCUCCCAACCUGAGUCCAUUUCUCCACAUCCACACACUCUCAAAUGCACUUGCCGCUCCUAGUUUCGCUGUUCACAUUGAACCUCUGCUCCCUCCAUGUUGCAGUAUGUUCAUACACCCCCCCCCCUCUCACUUUCACACCCACUCACGCAUAUACACUCCUACUCAGUCUCCAGUAAUGAGCUCUAUGCUGUGUUCACUCACGCCAGCUGGGCUGUAGGCCUGCAUGUGCAGAGACACUUAAAGUUAGAGGUCCACACCUUGUUUCAGGUGAUUGAGUGUUGAGUUGCUUUUCUUUCUACUGCUAAAAACAUCCCUCAGCCUAGUCCAUUUUUUUUUUUUUUUACCCAUGCCGUUGAUUUCAGGGAAGGAGAAUCCAUUUUCACGCAUUCAAGCCUGUAUUGCACUGGUCAGCAAACGAUUGCGGUUUUGGAAAAAAAAUGGGGAAAAAACAAAACAAAAAAUAAAUAAACAUAGCAAGUCACCUUUUGUAAAUUUGAACCUUGUACUUAUCUAGAUUAGACUUACUUGACACGUGUUGCAAGUGUGCAAUUCUGAACAGAAAAAAAUAUAUAUAUAUUAUGUCUAAUGAUUAUUUAAAAGAUGUACACAUUGUUUUAUGGUGCAUUUGUAUAUUCUCCGAGUGAAAUAAUGGAUGAAGGAUAUUUAAAGCUGGUGGUGAAGAGGGCUUAGACGCCUUUGGUUUAUUCGUUGGGUUUCUAUGGCCCGAAUGUCCCACUGUAUCAUGUACGGCCAUAAUCAUGCGCCUGGGUGACCUAGAGGUGUCUACAGGUCUGAGAGAUGCAGAGGAAGGUCAUUUCCAGAGAGCUUCAGACAGGCUGCAUUGAGCCCCAGAGGAUUGAAAAGUUGAAAGUGGGGUGAACCUGCUUCCAGUCUCCCCUCUUGGGUGUUGAGACUUAAUAACGGAGCUGCCUCACGUUUUUGGCAACCAGUUUCUCUGUUUUGUAUCGUUUUUUGAAAUAUUUUUAUUUUAUUAUUUCCUGUCAUUCGAAUAUCCUAUUGGCUUCAAAUGGACUCGUCUGUCUUGUGCACUCUCUUCAGAUCUGUUUGUGACACGUGCUCUUCCGGAUGCUUGAGGAGUGUGUUUUUUUCUUUUUCUUUUUCUUCUUGCUUCUUCGACAUCCAUGCAUAUCCAUCCAUUCAUGAACGAAAGGCCGAGUCUUGUUCUGCUCUGCACCCGACCAGAACCCCGUUGAUCUCCCGCGCCUGUGGCACGGCCUUCUCCUCAUCCUCCGCCUCCACCUCGCUCCGCCACCUCCACCUCCAACGACCCAACAUCUCUCCCCCUAUCUCCUGUCAGUCGGAGCAGUAGGACGCUCCUCUGAAAUCCCCUUCCAGAGGAAGACCUCUGUGUCCAGUCCCAUUCGACCACCUGAGCCAGCUCAGAGAAAAAGCCUUAAAAUCUCAACGCGUGCUGUAGGGGGGGUGACAUGGUGUGUUAGAGAUCCUCCCAACUUGCCACCAUUUUUAUUGGAGAGGACGGCUUCAGACAAUUAUAUACACAUACAUAUAUAGACAGAGAGAGAGUCUGAAACAGGUUAUGAAUAACCUUGUGCCACAUAUAUAUAUAUAUAUACAUAUAUAUAUAUAUAUAUAGCAGUCGUUUCCAGGUAAAGUCUGGCAGUGAAAGGGGGUGCAUUAAGGGAGUUUUGCGGGCGUUAUUGGCCAUUGUUUUUGUCAUUCAAGGUGGGCCCAUGGUGUGUGUUUGAUUGUUUGGUUCCCAUGUGCAUAGCGACAGUGAUCUGGGGGGGGGGCGGGGGGGCGACUCAGCCACGGACUCUGGGGGUGGGGAGGGAGUCUUCAGUUUGUCGGUCACAAGUGAACACUCUGGUCUGCAUGUUUGGAGCACCCUUUGACUUAAAGACUGUUGUAUCCUGAGCUUUGAUCAAAAAAGAGAGGGUUCUGGUUCCUGAAUGGGUUUCCUUUUUAAAGGCCACAAGCCAUGAAACCACGAAAAAAAAGGAACAUGUCCUGUUUCUCGCUGGUAAAACAGGUUUGUGGAUCUGUAGGCUUAGUGAAGCCUUGAUGUACCUGGUUGCUUGUUCUGGCAUAUGUAAUGAUGUAUAAAAGGUCUAACAUGGAUCUCAGAAUUACAGUAGGAGUCACAGUAAUCAAAACGAAAGACAAUCGUCAAGUAAAUAGUUAACUUGCGCCCCCCGCCCCCCAUAGUCCCCAUGUAUGAUGAUGUUUAGAGACUCUCACUCAUUUUCUAGUGUUAAUUUGUGCUGGUGACAGUUCUAUUGUCUGUUUUUAUUAUAAUUGUUGUUAUGAUAAUUAUCGUUAUCAUUAUCGUUAUCGUCACAGAUGGUAACAAUAAUGAUAAUAUUAGAGAGGCAAUUUUUAUUUUCUGCGGUUUUGUGUAGGUUAGGCAUCCUAUUUUAUUUGAAUUUUAUUUUAUUUUAUUAUAUAUAAAUAUUAUAUAAAUAUAUUUUUGUUUUCAUUUGUUUUGUUUUUUCUUUUUUCUUCAAAGGGGUGUUACUAAUAUUGCACGAUUUAUUAAGGAAAACAAAAAAACAAUUGUAGUAAUAUUAGUACUUAUUGGUAAGUGAGGGAAGGGUCAAAACCAAGUUGAAUAUAAUGACCAGUUCAAUGCUGCAAUUUUUAGUAAAAAUGUAAAAUAAAAACACAUAGUUAAGUGGGCGCAAAGACACGUUUAAUUUAUUUCAGACCAGACACAAAGAUGUCGAUGCAUGGGCGUUAAACAAGCAAAGAAUGAUUCAUGUUAUACAAAAUAAACUGAAAAUGUAAUAUCGAUAAGAAUAUACACCACACAAACCUAGGAUAGAAAUUGAAGAAAAAAGUUGAAAAGAAAAUUAUAGCUAAUAUAUUGUGUUAGGCUAGUCUGCUUUUGAGUUUUGUUGUAUAAAAAAAUCUGUUGUUUUCGGAGAAUGAUAUACAAUUUGUGUAUAUUUUCAUAAACAAAGUAUGCACUGAUAUGUUAUUACAAAUUCUAUACUGCUUUUACAAAAAAAGUGUUUGUUAUUGUACCAAAGUAUCCAUUUGUCCUUUAUUCCCUUACCCUUUUGCGUAUGUUCUACCGUAUUUUAUAUAUUAAAUAGUCAAGUUGACCUACAAA